CUUUUUAUUACAUGCUGCAGAGUUCACUUAAAAUUGUUAUUGGUUUCAACUGCACAUAAAAACUUUUUUAUCAAUACAAUGCAUGAUCUAUACGCUGAUUAUUAUUAUUCGAUUGCCUAUUAUUCCCUUCUUGGGCUUCCCAAUAGCUUAUUUCAUUGGUUUUGCUCACUCAUAAACCAUGUUUCUGAUGUGUUUCUGAGACGGUGACAGAGGUUGGUUUUUUUCAUAAGGUUGUUCCUAAGUUAGGAGCGACUUAACGACCAACUGGUAAUCCUUUCUUAGGAAUGAAAUCAAUGCCAAUGAAAAUCUAGUGCGUAUCAUUUACCACAAGAAGGGAUCACACGCCAUGCGUUAAGUCGCACUACGAACAGCUUUAUGAAACACAUAAUACCCGAGGCUCCGUAACGCGAAGAUUAGCGAUCAAUCGCUAAAUGGACUGACCAAUACAAGUCAAUGUUACAGGCGCAUUUGGUUCAUAACACUGACCAUGGACAAAUCAGAAGUGUUCUUUCAUAUUUGCUAUUCAUCGCUAAGCUUAAACCUUGGAAGUUACAUAAGUGUUUGAGGCUUGAAGGAAAUUCAGGUUUUUGCUUUCUUUUAUACUUACACCAAUAUUACUUCCCUUUCCGUUUGCAUUGUCUAAAUAUAGCAGACCUCUACUUACUUUGAUUGAUGUUAAACAAACAUGAUAACUGUUCUAUAUAUUCGCAGGGACUUUUUUAAGAAUACAAAAGGUGUUUCGUGAUAAGUGUCGAAAAUGAAACCCUGAGUGAAGUUGAAACUUAAAACUGCAGGAAAUCUAUGCUCAAGUAGCAUACAUUCUCUGGGCUGGGUGUCCGGAGCAUUCAGGUGAUUUAGUUUUAACGUGGUUCAUACAUAAUUUAAUCUAUAUCCAGACAUGAAGUAUCUGAGUGUGUUGCUGAUAGCGGCCUAUGUGGUCGGCACCCUAUCGAUGACGCUCACCAACACCGAAAGGGAUUGGGAAGACUGGAAGACAGCAAACGGUAGGAGUUAUCAUAGCGACGUCGAGGAAAACAGAAGAGGAAAGAUAUGGAAAGAGAACCUUGAAAUCGUCUUAGAGCACAAAGUUAAAUUCGAUGAGGGAAAGGUUUCAUAUGAGCUGGGAAUGAACCAGUUCGCUGAUAUGACAAAUGAAGAGUUCGUGCGCAUGAUGACUGGUUUCCGGCAUAAUGUCACAUCCAAGGUACCCAGUGGCUCUACCUUCCUCCCACCAUCCUACGCUGAACUCCCAAAGCAGGUUGACUGGCGCACCAAGGGUUAUGUAACUCCUGUCAAGGACCAGAAACAAUGUGGUUCAUGCUGGGCGUUCAGUGCUACUGGGUCUUUAGAAGGACAACACUUCAAGAAGACAAGCAAGUUGGUGAGCUUGAGCGAACAGAACUUGGUCGAUUGUUCUGGGCCUGAGGGUAACGAAGGAUGCAAUGGUGGUCUUAUGGACCAAGCAUUCCAGUACAUUAUCGAUGCACAUGGUAUUGAUACAGAAGCAAGUUACCCUUACAAAGCAGUGGAUGGACAAUGCCAUUUCAAAAAAUCCGAUGUAGGAGCUACCGUCACCGGCUACACUGAUGUCACAUCAGGAUCUGAGAAGGCAUUACAGAAAGCUGUAGCCCAUGAAGGUCCUAUCUCAGUAGCUAUUGAUGCCAGUCAUAUGUCCUUCCAGCUUUAUAAGUCAGGAGUUUACAACGAGCCUGCAUGCAGCUCUACCUUAUUGGAUCAUGGCGUUCUUGCAGUCGGUUACGGAAGCACCAGUGACGGUACCGAUUACUGGAUUGUUAAGAACAGCUGGGGAGAGUCUUGGGGGAUGAAAGGAUAUCUGUGGAUGUCUCGUAACAAGAACAACCAAUGUGGCAUUGCUACUCAAGCUAGUUUCCCUCUGGUGUAAUCUGCAUUCAAACCCGUGAACUGUUUUGCAAGAACAUCUAGGCAUUUUCAAAAUCACUCAAUCAAACUGCACCCCACGUCUAAUUUUGCAGUAGAAUAUAAAAUUAACAGAUGUUUUGGAAUAUACCAAUAUCAAUCUACAAUGGCGUGCUAUAACCAAUCCUUGUGGAUACUCUAAUGCGUUGACCAGAGUUCCUGAGGGUGCUAUAGGUACACCAUUACUAUUCACUUUACUAAGUUUGUGUAAUGAAAGCAAUGGUGUCGAUCCGCAGAAAAGUUCUAUUCAGCUGGGGGUGUGAUAUUUCGUAAUAAUACAAAGCGCCAUUCUCCCAAAUGAAUAGAAAGCGUAAGCGGAUCGACACCCAUGAGUAAGAGGUUAUAUUCAUAUUGUAUCUUCUUAAUGAUAUCACAUGCUUUCCUUUCUAAUUGCCUAUAUUUAUGGCUCUUUUUCUCGGAAAACAUGAUACUUAUAUGCACAAAAUAUACAAUUGCAAUGGAAAAAGCGAUGGUUUAUCAAAACAGAUAUUUACUCAAGAGAUACAAUGUUGAUUUGAGCCAAUAUAGUUAAAAACGAUUCAAGGAAAAAGCUAUACCAUAAAUAGGCAUAACAUUCUUGCGUUGUUUGCUUCAACAGUGAUAAUCAUAAAAAGAUAAGUUUGUAAUUUAAGAGUGAUAUCACAGGCUAAAUUUUAUUUUUUCAUCUUUAUAUGUUUUAUAUCAUGACAUUCAGAUAACUGCAAUAUAUUAAAAGAAAUCUCUUCUUUUUAUCACGAUUGAUUUCAAUAUUCUCCAAGGUGACUAUGUUCAACAUUCUUUUAGCAUGAAAGUGAAAUAUUUGAGAUUUUAUACAAUCAAAAGACAAAAGGGAAAGGAUGACCUUUCAUAAGUUUUUAAAAGUUAUUUUUGUUCCAAUUCAUUUUGAUGAAAACGAGUUCACACUUUCUUCUUUGUCAUGUGAUUAAACAAGUGAGGAAAAUCAAACAAGAAUUUAGAAUGAAAUUAUUCAUCUCAA